UGAGUUGCUGGGUGUUGUUUGUGAUUGUUUUGUUUACGUUUUACUUUAUAAAUUAAAGUUAUAUUCAGUUUAUUUUCAUCACAUAAUUAUAAGAAAAAACUGCGUUGUGUAUCGCUGUGAUGCUUAUAGCAGAUUAUGUUUUAAUUAGUUAUGUUUUAUUGUUUAGUGUUCGAUGAUUUUUUUUUACUAAAUCAUCAUACUUUUUAACGAAAUAAUAAGUGCAAAAAAAUACAAAGUAACGGCGAUGAUCCCAUUGGCUAAUCUGCUGUCACUAUGACGUGUGAUCGCACCUGAUUGGCGGAGGGCGCCGGUUGGUCGAAAUGUCGGGUUUGCCAAAUAGGGCGGAUGACCCGAUAAAUGGAGUCGAUGUACGGGAGCAAGGAAGCGCUUUGAGGGUCGCCACUAAUACGCCUCAUCUGGUGAGCCUCGGGACCGGAAGACUAAGCACGGCUGUGACGCUACAUCCUAUCAAACAAGGUCGUGUGACCAUAGGGUCGGAUCCGACCUGCGACGUUUACGUUAUAGGUACGGGGGUAUCUAACGUACAUUGCCGGGUGGAAAACUCCCACGACGUAGUGACGUUGUAUCCCAUCAGCGGCACCACGUUACUCGAUGGCUUGCCCGUUGACAAGCCAACGAGAUUAUCGCAAGGUUCCAUGCUAACGAUAGGUAGGUCAAACUACCUUCGUUUCAAUCACCCCGAAGAGGCAAAGCUCAUGAAGUCUGUCCUGCCAUCAGCUCACGUGUCCAUGGCUCCAAUACAGUUCACACCAAACGAACAAUGUCUACCAACUGGCUACGAGAAUCACAACUCGGACCCAAGCGACCAAUGCUAUCAAAACAUCCACAGAGUAUACAAAAAUAAUUCUCUAACGCAGUUAGACCGCGAAUUAGAUGUGACGUUGCGGGAAAUGUCCCGGAACAAGCCGCCCGUGGUCCCCCGGAAGAUGAAUAGAGAUCUGGACACGUCAGAUACGAGCUCCGACCAAGAAACUAAACCGAAGGCCGGCAGCAUCAUGGCCAAAGUGUCCAAAUUCGAGUACUACGCCAAGCAGCAGAAAAAUAACAGCAAGAGUCACUUCUACACCAACGACAUGGAAAUAUGUCCCAAAGUAUUCAGCUCAGACUCGCUGACAGUGAACACGCCGGCCAAGGACGUGCUCGGCGGGAGAAACGUGCCGGUUUAUAUGAACAAGGUGAUGGAUCCGAAGGUUAUAGUGCUCCACGAGAACAACGCGGAGCAAAAGAAUUCGACCAGGAGCAGGAAAAUAGACGACAUACUGAGGAAUUUCGACGACACGUCCAAGUUACCGAAGAAAGUCAACAACGAAUCCAAGGAUCACAUAUAUGGGAAAAUUAAUGUGGACAGGAAAGAAUCGAAGGGCUCCAGCGACAUCAGGCAGCUCAAUAUGGAUAGUGAUUACGGCAGGCUGUGCGGGGUGGGGAAGGUCGUGUGUUUGUCUUCGCCGGCCUAUGACAGGAACCCGCAGUAUUCGCCGGUAUACGCCAACUCACACUACGAGAGGAGUCUGGAAGCAGAGAGUAUGAGGGCUAAGGCUCAUCAGGACAGAGUCAAGGAGGAAGAACAAAAAGUUGCGGAAACAGCGCGCCUGGAAGAAAUACUCAAUAUGUGUGCCGAGUACGAGAAGCAGAUUACUUCCGGGGUGCCAAUAACGCCAACUGAGAAAAGAUCUCACAACAAGAUAAUAACUAACGGCUCUCUUCCGAGAAGUGUUACAGUCAACAACCCUAACUUCGUGCAGACAACCGAUGGUUACUACAGGUUUGAUACUAGUCACAAAAACACAAACAGUCAGCUCCAAAGGAAUGUAUCUGGUUACGAGAAUUUUGAGUCGCCGAGAACCGAACCCGUGACACCGGUCGUCAGCACGGAGAAUUACGAGAACAUAGGACGAAUGGACGAAAUCGGCAUACCGCUGUACGAAGACGCCGACAAGGAAUUGUCCAGUCCGGUCAUGAUAAGGAAGCUCAGCCAGAACACGUCACCCAUAAGCAGCCCCUACGAAAACGUCUAUCUGAAGAACAACAUGGGCAUUAAACCUAAAUCCCCAAACACACAGAGCCCCAGAACAAGAAUAAAGACGAGUUUCGCACACAAAAACCUACCAUCACCACAAUAUUUCAUCUUCCCGCCGACGGACGCUAAAACAGAAGCCGUUCACAACGAGACAGCCGGCAGCAUCAGCUGCAACGGCAUCGAGGAGAAAUUGAGCUUAGACGAUGAGAUACCCAUGAUAGAUGACUUGGAUAUCACCAACGAUAUAGAACUCAGACAUUCCAAGGUCGAGAGGGACGAAGACAAGCUGAUGACCAAAAACAAGAGCUUCGACGACGUCAAGAAAGAGUUGAUGGCGGACAUACCGGAGCUGGAGGAAUUCGAGAACGAUCUGAACAAGAGGGACAAGAUACAGGGUGUGGCAGACGUCUUCAGGUCUAUAGAUAUAGAAGAGAAUUCUAUAGAUAGUGUCAUAUAUGAGAGCGCUGAGGAUCUGAAGUCUAGAUACGAAAAUCUUAAAGAGGAGAGGCGAAAACUGAUGGCACAGAUCCACGACGUGAAGUGCAAAAUGACAGAAAUACGGUCCCAGGAGGACGACAUCUUGAGAGAGCUGGAAAUGGAAAAAGCCUUAAUUAAAGGUGAAUAUGAUUCAGAGAUAGCCAUCCUGAAUAUAGAACAGAAGAAGAAGACAGAGUUACUGGACAGUAUUAAGAAGAUAGAAGAAGAUAUACGACUGUUGAAGGACAAACAGGAAGCUCGCCAGAAAGAGAUGAGAGAUAGAGUUGACAUAGCUACCAUGAAAGUUGAAAAGUUAGAAAUGGAUUUGAAGGACAACAAAGCGACCUUGGAAGAACUUCAGAACGCUCAAGAUAUACUGGAGAAUGAAACCAGGAUAUACGAGGACCUGGAAUUCACACAGCUGGAAGAAGAAUCGGAGUUGCUCUCCAAUAGAGAGGACGUACAGAACGAGCUAAGUUUAUUGAUAAAAAAAAUAGAUGAGCAAAAAACUCGAAUACUAACAUUGAAGUCGGAAGCGAACGACAACCUCACGUCCGCUGUGGAGGAAACGAAGGUCCUGCAAGCGGAGUAUGUUAAGCUACUGAAUGAAGUGGAACACCUCACUGGCAAAGUUCAGAUCAUAGAGCAAGAGUUGAAGCCGAUAGUCACCAGACUCAACGAGGACCGGACGCAGUCUCCAGACAGCGCCUUCUACACAGACCAGACACGGGCGAAGUCGGGGGAGUUCGGUUACUCGCCGCAAACAUCAGACGACGACGAUUUGGUGGACCAUGCGAAGCAGCUGAAGGAAAAGUUCACGUCGAUCGAUCGGAUGUCCCAGUCUAUGAUAGUGGACAUAGAGAGACGGGUCGCUGACCUCGACGACCCGGUGACCAGCCCCUACAAGGCCAAAGAGAAGAAAGGCUUCUGGGAGAGGAACUUCGACUCGCUGAAACGGAAGAAGAAAAAAGCAGAGAAGGUCGACCUCAUGUCGCAGAGUCUGAACGAAAAUAUUUUCUACAAUGACAACAUAGAAGCAGAUAACCCGACAGACAAUCACAGCGGUCUGAAGAACUCGAAACGCAAGAACGUACCGCUGAAGAGCAAUUCGUCGUCAAAGAUACCAACAUUCGCCGCGUUGGGCAAGAUCAUUAAGAAGGAUUCGCUGAAACGGAAAGAGACACAGAACAAAGAGAACAAGCCGGAGGAGACGGGCAACAGAUACGUCAAGAAUAACAAGACAACGGACAAUAAAUACAAGUCCAAGUCACUCUCACCCGACAAGCAACCCGUGAUAGAAGAAACUACCUUCAAGGUUGAGAAUUUGAAAGUUCUGCACAGGAAGAGCUGUGGAGACGAGCCCACGAGGGUCGACUACCAGAAGAUAACGGAUUCCGGGAAGAUUCCAUCCCAGGAUGACAUCGACAGGAUCUCCAAGGUCACCAUCGACGCUCCGAUACUGCCCAGCGACACCGACGUCAACACCCUCGGCAAGAGAACCCUGGACAGCCUCAUGGAGAUUGAGAGGAAGAGAAUUGAAAUGCUCGAGGAAAAAGGCUGUCAAAUGAUCGAAAACGAACGAGAGAAAAUAUCCGAAUUAAAGAAACGAGUGCAAGACGAAACUAAGAAGCUGUGGGACCAGCGCGCCAAGGACCAGAAACCUGACACGCGGCAGUCCCCUGUCAGCGUGACGGCUGUCAGCCUGACACCUGUCAGCUUGACAGCCGCCAACCUGGCCUGUGAGUUCGACAGCCCUAACAGCACGUUCGGAAACGAAGACGUCAGCUUUGACUACAACAUGACCAGCUCUACAAUAUACGAAGAGAGUUCUGGUUUCCUGUCAUCGUCGAUAGAAGAGCUGCAACGUAACUCCCGAACCGAAUCCGCCGAGGAGGACAGGCGUAGCGAUGACAGCAGACCUCUCAGUCACGCCUCGGACUUCAGCAGAGACAACAUAUUGUCAAACGCCCCGCGCCGGAGUCGUCGGGGUGUCAGUGUGUCCGCUGAGUGGAGACGACCUCUCACCAGGUACCUUCCUGUUGACAGAGAAGACUUCGAUCUACGGACACAUGUCGAAUCCGCUGGUCACCAGGUCGAGCUGUGCCCCUACGUGAGCGUCUCGUCUAGUUCGUGUCGCGGAUAUUUACACAAACUGGGGGCGAAAUUCCACACCUGGUCCAAAAGGUGGUUUGUCUUCGAUAGAGAAUCGAAAACAUUCGUGUACUACUGGGAUAAGAGCGAGAGGAAGCCGAGAGGGGGAGCUUACUUCCAAGUCAUAGAAGAAGUAUACCUGGACCAUGGGAACACUUCCAAGUCCCCGAGCCCUCAGACAACAUUCAUAGUGAAGACCAAGCAGAGGCGCUACUACCUCAUGGCGCCGUCCGGCGAGGCCGCCAGGAUAUGGAUAGAUGUCAUAUUUACCGGCGCUCAGGGUUACACUGAGUAUUUGGAGUAGAACUGAGCAUCCGGAUAAGACACUGAGCAUUGGGAACACACCCAAGUUUGAAAUAACUGAGCGGUGGUAACACAGGUCUCAAAUUUGAGAUAUAAUUUGUUUGAUAUCUCACUUCAUUUCAUUCGACUGUGAGUUUCUGUACUUUUCAAAGUAUGCUUACAGUUGAUGUAUUUUAUGUCAUUUUAAAACAACUCUUUUGCAGCAGCGGGGGUUUUGUUUCAGUAUUUUUGUUUUAAAACAAGUUUUCUACUAAGUACUGUUAUAUUAAUGGUGUCGAGGCAGCUUUUAUUGGUUUGUCCUAUAUAUAUAAACUACUAGGAUCAUCGCAUGUUGGUGAAUGUGAUAGAAAAUAGUUAUAUUUACUUAUACAUUGUAUUUGUAAUCGAAAUAUAUUAUUCAACAUUAUAUUAGUAUGUGAUCAGGAAUUGAUUGUGUCUAAGAAAUAAUUUAUAUACAUUUUUAUGAGAUAUUUAAUUAUAUAUAUGUAUGUCUGCAUGCUUCCUAUGAACAGUAUUCUAAAUUAUUCAGACAAUAAAUCGUGCCAAUCGAUAUACAAAACAAAUUAUAAUAAUAAUCGGUGCCUUGUAUAAGACUGAUACAAGAAAUUUACCAUAUAUGUAUAAAUAUAUUGAUAAUCGCAUGAAAGCUGCACUUUUAUAUGUUACCGCUCUGGCAACUUUACAUUGCCACAGAUCGACUAAGAGGGGUGCACUUACUUAAUGUAAAUAAUUUGCUCGCUUUUUUUUCAUAGGAAAAAAAUCUCAUCGACCGUUCCUCUUGAUGUAAAUGAGUUUUAUUUUUUAUAUAACACUGCAUUUAUGUUUGAUAGUUGUUAAGAUGAAAGUAAUGAAUCUGUACCAGUGUAUAAAAUAAUUAUAAGGCUUUCGAUACGGCUCAUACCAACAUUACUGUAAGGUCACUUCUUAACAAAUUAAUAAAUCACUAUUAUACAA